AAAUAAAACUGCGAUCGCUGCCGUCUCCACCUAUGGAUCGCUUCCGGCCAGUGUUACUUUACGCGUUCUCUAUGCUGCGUCAUUUAUCAUUGACGGCCGUUAAAUCUCGAUACCACGGUAUACCACGGUAGUUAGUGACAGAUAAUAACGAAGUCACGGGUCUCGAUACGAUGCCCAUUUUCAGACGCGAGAACCAUCGAAUUUUCCCGAUAAUCAAUUUUCGAGAGAGAGGAACUCGUGAUCGCGUUCGUAUCUCUCGAGUCGGUUGACCUUAUCACGCUUGCCAGAUUAGCGUCAAUCGUUUUGAUGAGUGUUGCUGCCAGUGUCAGUCAGCAGUGAACAUAUUCCGUGCAUCGUCUGGAAAAUGAUGGUCACCGUGGUCCAGGCGAAGCUCGCGUCGAUGAUCAUCAUCGGCGUUGGCAGCUUUGUCGUUGGUGUUGCACCGGUGUGUUUUGUUUCACGCGUGAGAUAUCUUCAACAGAAGCUCCUUCUCUCUUGCACACUGUGUUUUGGUGGUGGCGUUCUGUUCGCAACUUCUAUUCUGCACAUGUUACCGGAAACACGGGAAUCUAUGUCUAAACACGCAGAACUACUUUUUUCAUGCGGAUUUCUUCUCUUGUAUCUUAUAGACGAAUGUGUCCAUUAUUUUUGGGGCAGUGAAGACCAGCAUGUUCCGCAGGAACAUCGUUACGAAAACUCGAACUGGAAUAAUGGAAACCAGGCGGAGCGUUGCCGGAGUCACUCGCAUCAAGUGAGCUAUAACACGGGUACGCGGACUGUCAGAGGCGUUCCCAAUGCCGACUUUAAUACGUCUUAUCAGACGAGUCUAGACGGAAACGGAAUGGUCAGCAACUGGGAACGCGAAGGUUACGGAGCGGUACAAUAUACACCGACCGCGCCACAUCAUUAUAACAACGAAGAGACGUUUUUAUGCCAUGGCAAUCAUUCAGAGCCGUGCUCAGAUUCCAAUACCAACAUCAUGGGACUUUUAUUGGCGCUCACGGUCCAUGCUGUCCUCGAAGGACUGGCGGUUGGCCUGCAAAAGGCUACGUCCGAAGUAUUUUUGUUAGUUGGAGCAGUAGCUUCCCAUAAGUUCGUCGUUGGAUUCUGUUUAGGAUUAGAACUAGCCGGAGCUAAUAGCACUCUUUUUAGGCUCGUACUAGCAAUCUUUGUAUUCUCCGCUGGAUCUGCAGUUGGUAUAGGAGUCGGAAUGUUAACAUUCAAAAUGCAGAAUAAGUGGACAGACGUAGCUGUACCGAUUCUUCAAGGUUUAGCAGGUGGAACGUUAUUGUACGUAACGGUUAGCGAAAUCUUGCCAAGAGAGAGGGCGAGAUGGCACAGAAAUCUGCGACGAUCCGCCGGCGUUUGGCAGCUCUUGUCCGUGAUUCUUGGCUUUGUCGUUAUUUACCUUUUGAAUAACUACGUGGCAACGUGAAUUUACAAUUCUACUUUUAGCUAUUUGAUAGAAUAAAUUGUUCAACAAACGAAAUUCAACAGUAGCGUAUCAAGAACUACAAGGGAAGAAAAAUGUUACGCGAGCUUCUCUGGAAUAAAUUUACCCGAGAAGCUAUCUUUAUUCAGGUUUAAAUACAAGUUUCACGUACACGGAAUAUCGUGACGAGAAAGAGAUACAAAGAGCUGGAGCAAUUGAAUGAGGAGAGACAAAAGAGAAAAGAUAACACCCUUUAAAAUAUUGUACAAAAAUAGAAUGUUGCAACGAAAUCGAUAAAAUGUUUUAAUUCUCGUUUGUUCUAUUUUUUUACACGUUCACAGUUUGUUGUUUAAAGAGUAUAGAAUACAAGUUACAGUACCUGCAGCUUGGAUGUUUGCGAUGAAUUUAUGAAAGGAUUUCCAGAAUUAUGUAGGACAGAAUUUUUAUUUUUUAUAAAGUAAAAUUACGUGUAGUUUUAUCAAGUUGGUGUUUACCAAAUAUUAUAGGCGUGAAAUUGAACUUCAUCCGUCAAGUUACCAUACAAAACACAAUUAUUUUUGUAUCGCGUAUUUCAUUAAUUUUCAUAAAAAUGAAUCAUCAAAAUCAACGAUAAGAAUAAUACGAAUCACUAGUUACAUCGUGCAAAACGGAUAAUGAAUACAAUUAGCGAAAUAGAUUAUUAGCAUAUUCGCUCGUCAAUAAUCACCUAAGAAAUUCGUUAAUGUUAACGAUUACAAUCACUAGCGUGAAUAAAAUCUACCAUUACUUUUAUUUUUAUACGUAUACCUCCGCUUUAUGUAGCGAGAAUAUCUGAGUAAGUGGAUGAUCGAGGGGAAAAGUAAUAAAACCUAUGUCAUGAGA